GGUCUGCCGUCUCCACACGGCGCGGCACACGACACCACGAAGUCGAAGUCACCGGCUCACCGCCGUGUGUCUCGCAUCGCCGAUCGGAUCCCCCCGUCCCGUCGUCGUCCGUCGUCCCGCUGAACUCCACGUGUUCCUUCCUCCGCUCCCCUCUCCCCGUCCCGGCCUCCUUGAAUUGGCCCGCCAUACGCCGCCGUCCGAUCCUCCGGUGGUAAACCCAGGAGAGACCGAGAGAUCAGGGCUCGCGCGCCGCCUCCGGCCACUGAUCACCACCCGCCCGCCAUGUCGUCGUCGCACCCUCUCCACUCCUCGUCGGGCGUGUCCGACAUGGACGAGAUGGCGGCGGCGACAGCGCGCUCCCAGGCCGCCGCCGUCGUCGUCGUCCCCGCCGCGCGGCCCUCCUCCCCUCCCCGCGCCUCCAUCCCCGUCGUCUCUUCCUCCGCCUCCGCGCCUUCCCAGCAAACCGCUGCUGCCGCCAAGCUCCCAUUAUUCUCCGCGGCGGUGCCCGCGUCCACCUCCGCCGCCUCGGGCUCCAUCUCCGUCCCUAUACCUAUCGCCUCCGACGGGUUAGGCCCCGAGCCCAGCACGCUCACCGAGCCCGUCUGGGACACCGUCAAGCGCGACCUCGCCCGCAUCGUCAGCAACCUCAAGCUCGUUGUCUUCCCCAACCCGUUCCGCGACGACCCUGGCAAGGCGCUGCGCGACUGGGACCUCUGGGGCCCCUUCUUCUUCAUCGUCUUACUCGGACUCAUCCUCUCCUGGUCGGCCACCGCCGCCAAGUCUCAAGUGUUCGCUGUUGCUUUUGCCGUAUUAGCUGCUGGUGCUAUAGUUCUCACACUCAAUGUUCUACUGCUGGGUGGCCACAUCAUCUUCUUCCAAAGCCUCAGCCUUCUCGGAUACUGUCUGUUCCCGCUGGAUGUGGGGGCUCUGAUCUGCAUGCUUAAGGACAGUGUCAUACUAAAGAUGGUCGUGGUGACGAUAACAUUGGCAUGGAGCUCUUGGGCAGCAUACCCCCUCAUGAGUGCUGCUGUUAACCCAAAGAGAAAGGCCCUGGCGCUGUAUCCCGUGUUCCUCAUGUACAUCUCAGUCGCCUGUCUCAUAAUUGCUAUAGAUUAAUUAAGAAGGGGAUGCAUGGUUUCUAUAGAACUAUCAGAAAUACAGGAUUUUGUUUUCUAGGUAGAUUGAUCAUCAAAGCGCGUACUCUUUUCUUCUUGUCUGCUUGGUUCACAUUGUUAUUGUAGCUUUUGCUGACUGCUUCAAUACCUUCUUUUUUUCAAUUUUGUUUAAGAAUAAUUAAGUCGCAGGAAUUUAGUAGAAUGUAGUCAAUCUAUCAAAUGUUAUAUACAGAUGUCUUGCUGUUUCGCGUCAAUGUAAAUAAUCUGCAGUGGAGUGCUGAAGACUGAAUGAGUCAAUAUAUGCACUCUGUGUGUUUU